UUCCCCCAAGAAGAAGGCAGGUUUCUGUUGCGGCGUGCGGGCGAUCAAUCCCCAUGAAUCAGACCCCACAUUAGAUCUCUUUCUGCUCUGAAACUUGCGACAGAAACUAGCAGAGGAAGCAGAACCUGGCGGCCCACUGCGACUGUUUGUGUAAAUUCCCCAGACAACAAGGAAGCCCAAGAACAAGAAGAACAACACCCAAGAAACAAGAACCUUUUCCGCAAUUUAUCGACUGUAGGAAUAAUAUCAUCAUCAUUCCUCGUUAUCGUUCAGAAUUGAUUCAUGGGUUCCAGCGAGGACUCGACGGGAACGGUGCGGAAUAUUCUUGAUCAAGACACGCUGAAGUGGGUGUUCGUGGGGGGGAAAGGUGGCGUGGGCAAGACCACAUGCAGCUCCAUUCUCUCUGUCCUACUCUCCCAGGUGAGAUCCUCUGUGCUCAUCAUUUCCACCGACCCUGCACAUAACCUGAGCGAUGCAUUCCAGCAGAGGUUCACAAAGGCUCCCACCCUUGUUACUGGCUUCAACAACUUGUACGCUAUGGAAGUUGAUCCCACUGUGGAACAUGAAGAGGGUGAUAUGUCUGAUGGAUUUAUGUCAGAUUUAUCAAAUUCUAUCCCAGGAAUUGACGAGGCUAUGAGUUUUGCGGAAAUGCUCAAGCUAGUGCAGACUAUGGAUUAUUCUGUAAUAGUAUUUGAUACAGCACCAACUGGCCAUACUCUUCGGCUCUUACAAUUUCCUACAACAUUAGAAAAGGGGCUUGCUAAGGUGAUGAGUUUGAGGAGCAAGUUUGGUGGCUUGUUUAGCCAGAUGACUCGCCUCUUUGGUGUUGGAGAUGACUUUGGUGAAGAUGACCUCCUGGGAAAGCUUGAAGGCAUGAAAGAUGUCAUUGAACAAGUGAACAAGCAGUUUAAGGAUCCUGACUUGACAACUUUCGUCUGUGUUUGCAUUCCAGAAUUUCUGUCUCUGUAUGAAACUGAACGACUUGUUCAGGAGCUUACUAAAUUUGAGAUAGAUACCCAUAAUAUCAUUAUUAACCAAGUAAUUUUUGAUGAAGAAGCCGUCGAGUCAAAAUUGCUCAGAGCUAGAAUGAACAUGCAACAAAAGUACCUGGAUCAGUUCUACGUGUUAUAUGACGAUUUUAACAUAACUAAGUUGCCUUUGCUGCCCCAAGAGGUUUGUGGGGUUGAAGCGUUGCAAGCAUUUUCACACAACUUUGUAACACCGUAUCGAGCAUCCAUUGUCCGAGGAACGUUAGAAGAGCUAGAGCAGAGAAUAUCGACACUAAAAGAACAAUUGAAGGUGGCUGAAGCAGAAAAGGAUAGAGUGGCGAAAGGUAAACAAAAGGUUUGAUGCAGAAAGGACUAGAAUGAAAACUAGGCCGCCCUGCAUUAGGUUGCCUGUGCCCAAGAGAGAGUCUCGGCCACAGUAGCAGGUAUAGUUGCCACUCAAACUUCAAGAGGGUAUCGUCAACAUCUGUAGCUAACUCAAAUCUUGCAGAAAUAGAAUCAUACUUCUUAUGUUUUACUUUUCGAUCUUAGAGGGCAAUAAUUUGAGGACUUUAUACCUUUCUAUAACCGGUAAAUGAUCGGUAUGUCAUGGGAAUUUUUUGCAAGUUAAGGCUGUUAAAGUUUGAGUGAUUUCAAUUUUGAUGUGCAUCGUUGCAACUUAUUUGUAUCAGAACAUU